AGAGUAAACUCAACAGUCACACUCACCAGUCAUUCGUGAUCGUUCGAUUGUAAUUUAUUUAAAAAAUUCAAAAUCACAAAAAAAAACCAUUAAAAUGGCCGCUAAGUUGAUCAUCUUCGCCGCUUGCGUGGUCUCCGCCAUCGCUCAAUACCCCGCCCCGGCCUACAAGCCAGCUUACCCAGCACCCGCCUACCCAGCACCGGCAUACGCCGCACCCUCUUACGCCGCCCCGAAAGCCUACGCUCCGGAACCCGCAUACCCACCCAAGCCAUACAACUUCGAAUACAGCGUCAACGACCCAUCCACAUACGACGUCAAGAGCCAGUCCGAAUACAGCGACGGCAACGGCAACGUCAAAGGAUCGUACAGCCUGGUCGAAGCCGACGGUUCCACCCGCGUCGUCGAAUACACCGCUGACUCCUACGGAUUCAACGCCGAAGUCAAGAAAAUCGACGGUGGAUACAAGGCCCCGUACAGCGCCCCAGCCUACAAAGCCGCCCCGGCCUACAAGCCAGCUUACCCAGCACCGGCCGCAUACGCAGCACCCGCUUACCCAGCACCCGCCUACUCCGCACCGGCCUACAAACCAGCCCCAUACAAGGCUUACUAAUUUGUCUUCGUCCUUUCGAUUUCUAUAACACUUUCUUCCGAUCUUUUGACGCCGAAAACUAGUCGCCAGUAAACUGCUGUCGUACGACUUGUUGUCCGGCUCUCGAGUCAUAUACCAUGAUUACUAUUAUUAUUAAUUAUUUAUUAACCAUAUUAUAUUGUAAUAAUAUAUAAUCAUGUAUUCUCUCUUCCUUCUUCGUGCAUCGUAAACAACAUCUCACGAUCAAAUACCUGUAUUUAUUGUUGUGUAAAUGUAUAGUUUAAUAUAUGUUUGCAAGACGUUAAAAUCGCA